CAGAAAUCUUGUAUGGCUAGCUUCUGACGAGAAAAUCUUUAGACAGAGUUGGUUACAAAUAAAUACUAAAUAUGCCAACGUAUGAGUUAGCAUUGAUUGUUAGAGCAGCACUAGAAAGACCACAGCUGGCAAAUUGUCUGAAGAGGACAUGUACAUAUAUUUUAGAUAGAGGAGGAGUUGUACGCCAGAUGGAGAAUCUUGGUAACAAAAACCUCCCGUAUAUAAUAUCAUCUCAUGGCCAUAGGCACACUGAAGGGAAUUACUUUACUGUGGAUUUUGACUUAUCUCCUAAUCAGAUGUCAACAUUAAGGAAAGUUUUAUUACAAGACUCUGAUGUUGUUCGACCUGGAAUAGUUCAUAAAGAGGAAAAAUUUGUAAGACCUUGUGUGAAAAACCCAGAGAAUGAGUGUGAUUUUGGUGAACUUAAAAAUCCAGAUUUUGAAAAGAGAGCAUGGAAGAAACAAAUAUUAAGAAGAGUUCAAUACAAAAUGAAGGCUUCUAGAAAUAAAUAGUGUUUAUUACUGCCUUGUGAUUGUGUUAAAGAAUUAAUAAAUUACAUUAUACAAAACUCUUGUACAGUUAUGGGAAACUUAGUAUUUUAAGCUGUAAUUAGUUUGACAUCUACACUGAGUGAGUAGCAAGAGAAAUGUCAUUUGGGUGUAUCAUACAUUCAUCUUUAUUUUCAAAGGUCUGUAUGUAAAAUGAGUUUAUUGACCAAAGAUCACAUAACAUAAGUUUUUUCAGUAUUUUCAGAAGUUAUGUUUCUUUUGCCAUUGGAUGUAGUUCUGAACGAUAACUCUUCAGAAUUUCUGUCACUUACUAGUGCUGGGAUGAUAAAUUGGUGAAUAUGCCACAAUACGUAUGUCGUUUCGCAAGGUCAUGUAUUGAGAGUGGACAAUACCUCUUAUUCCAUAAUAAAGUGGGGAUAUUUAUUUGCUAGUGAAUAGAAUCACACUGACUUUACUGAAAGGCAGUGAAACACAUUUAUCAACUACAUGUACAUUAUCAAAUAUCACAGUUACAAAGAUAUAAAUUUAAUAUACAUUUAAACUUUGAAUAUAAAAUGGUAAUUUUUACCUCAUUGAAAUAUAUCAAUAGGUAAUUGUAUCAUGAUUGGCAAUACCCAGCACUAGUUUUUUUCUCUCAUUGGGAACACUUAUUUUUGUUAUUGUAUGAGUUCAAACUUUUGCAUCAGAUAACCCAUCUUAGCUCUAUUGGACUUAUGCAUUUUCAACAAUAAAUAGAUCAUACACCUUC